UUUCGAAUUAAAGUAUAUGUUCAUUAUUAUAUAUUUAACUAUGAUAUAGUUAGGUUGAAUGCUGAAUAUGUCUGUGGUUUCUAUAAGAAAUCUAAACAUUCUAAUAUUACGAUGAAUCCAGAAACGAAUGAAGUAAAUAUAAAACAAGAACCUGCGCUUGAGGAUUCUUUCAGUUAUCCUGCAAGUGUAUCUGAAAACUCAAAGACUCAUAAUGCUGAGGAAUCUUCAGUAGUUAUACAUUAUGAUCUUGCUAAUGUUAAAUUCGAACCAAUGCCUGAAGAGGAGCAGGAGCAAACUGACUUAGAACGUUUUAUGAAUUCAGAAGUCACUAUAGAAAAUGAAAUUAAGCACGAAUACUGUGCUGAAAAUGAAUAUAAAUGCGAUAAAUGCUCCUUCAAUACAUAUUUGUUUUAUACAUUCCUAACUCAUGUCAAUAUGUGCAGUGGGUCAUCAGAUUGUGAAGAAAUUAAACUUAGCAAUCAGCUUUCUGAUCAAUCGUUUAUGUGUGAAAUAUCUGAUGACAUUGAUUUACACAAUAUUCCUAAUCAAACUUUAGCAUGCCAAAUUUGCGACAAAGUGUUUAAACAUGCUGUUGCUUUAGAUAUUCAUAUGACCAUUCAUAUUAAGGCGCCUCCUUUUUUGUGCUCACACUGUGAUAAAACUUUUAGCCAAUCAAAUGAUUUAAAUAUACACUUAGACAAACAUUUUAAUAGUUUUGUGAAUAACAUACAUUUAAAUGAAGAAGCACGAAAUGAGGAAGAGCACAUGAAAACGCACAAAGAUAGAGAUAAAAUAAAAAAUCAUGGUUUAAAUCAAACUGUAAAAAUAUGUUACAUAUGUAAAAAAGUAUGUAAACAUGCUAGUAAUUUAUCAAUACACAUGAGAACCCAUACUGGAGAACAGCCUUUUAAAUGUAAAAUUUGUGACAGGACUUUUAAUCACAUUGGUAAUCUCAAAAGUCAUAUAAACAGACAUUCUGAAACAAAACUAUCCGAUGAGGUAGUAAAGAAUGAAGUACUAGAAGAGAAUCCUUGCAGUAAGAAUGUUGAAUGUGAUAUUUGCAAACGUACUUUUAAAUAUCCACGUAAUUUAAUUCGACAUGUGAGUUCACACAUAGAGAUUACUCAUAAUACUAUUAACACAUGUCAAAUCUGUUAUGAAACAUUUGAUCACCCUUUACUAUUAGACGUUCAUAUGAAGUUUCAUUCGAACGAGUAUCUUAAUCACAUACAAAAUGUUAGUAGUAAACGUUUUAAUAAUUUAGCUGAAAAACCAAAACAGAAAACAGCAAUUUUGUAUAGAUGUGAAAUUUGUAAUAAAUCAUAUAAACACGCUAGCAACCUAUCGACACACAAGAAAAUUCAUUUCAGAAAAAAGAAAUUUCUUCAAUGUACAAUUUGCUGCAAAAUGUUUAAAAAGUAUAAAAAUUUGAAUAUACACUUAAAAAUACAUGAGGAUAAUGAAUUGUAUAAUUGUGUUGAAAAUGAUGGCAACGGCACAGUGAAAUCUUUAAUGAAAUGCAAUAAAGUGGUCGAAGACUUGGAUCAACAUUUGAAACAGCAUACUGAAAAUAAUCGAGAAAUCCAAAUAAGGACAUUAGAUAAUUUAAUCGAAAACUCUGAACAAGAAAUUAUAAAAUCAUCUAUUAAACAUUCGAAGAAGAAAAGACGAAGACGCAGUGCCUAUGAAAGAAAUGCAUUUAUAUUCCGUCGCAAGAAAAAACCUACACGAUGCUUAAAAUGCAAUAUUUGCAGUAAAACAUUUAAUAUUUUGCAUCUCUUUAUAAAUCACAGGAAGGAACAUGAAAAAAACAAUUUAUUGAAUGAAAAUAUAUUUGAUUCGACAAAUCGUGGAAUGGAUGAUGAAGCAUUAUUAAAUUAUACAAUAGAUCAAACAGAAUCACAACUGCCUCAUAAUAUAAAUUAUGAAUAUGAUACAUCAAGAAGAAAGUCAGUUCUUUGUGGAGACAUAAAGGUGAAAGAAUCACAUUCAGGGAUUGAAUGUGAAAGUAAAUGUUUGCCAGAUUUAGAUACUUGUGAAGACAAAAUUGUUGAUGAAGUAAGAAGUCGUUUUAAUUUAACACAAGAGGCAUGUGUUAAAAGAGAGGCAUUAAUAUGUUCUGAUCAAAGUACACAAAAUCAAUGCAUAUCGCAAUUAGAUGAUUCACAUUAUCAAGAAACAAACAAAUUACAUGUUCCAGUUGGAACGAAAAGAAAAUAUGUUGUCCCUGAUAUAAGCCCACAAAUUCAAACUAAAAGUCAAACCAGUAAAAGACGAAGAAAAUCAAUUUGCUCAGAAAACCCUAAAGAGAUUGUAUAUUCAACCUUAUAUCAAAAUGAAGCACAACUGACUUCUGAUGUGAAUAAUAAAAAGAAAUCAGUUCUUAGUAGAAACAUGACGGGGGAAAAGCAAAGUUCAGAUGAAAAUCAGCAAGACAAAUCUAAAAUCAUCAAAACAGAUAAAUCAUGUGUAAAUCGAAUGCGAAUCGAAGCUGUGGCACCUACAUCUCCACAAAUUUGUAAAUUCUGCAGCUUAUCAUUUGAUCAAUUAAGUGAGUUAAGAAGACAUCUCAAGGAAAUUCAUGCUAGAGAAGAAUCAUCAGUUGGAAAUCUUGGCCUAGAAAAUAGUUUUAAUUGUCACUUUUGUCAUGAGAUAUUCAAAUCGCUGCCAAUUUUUUUGGAUCACUUGAAUAAACAUAUGAGACAAUUAAUUCAUGCUGAGACUUUUCUGGAUAAGCAUAAUGAUAUGCAGUCUACAAGUUCAACAAUUGUACAAAAUGAUGCAGACAUUUUGAUUAAGCAAACAUCUAGCGCUGUUUUAAAUGCUAAUAUAAAUUUUUACAUAUCCAAUGAUUAUAAUGAACAUACCGUGCAGAAUCAUCUUAUUUCAGAAGACUUCAUUGAUCUAGAAAAACCAUUAGAUGGUUCUUCAAAGAAUAAUCUUUUUAUCCCUCAUAUUUCAAAUAACCCAGAGGCUAAAAAAGUAACAAGUUUAAUAAACAAUUUAUCUCAAGAAACAAAUAUCAUUCAAGAAAACCUUUUUGAAAAUGAUGAAAUUAGGAAUCUAUAUGAAAAUGCUGAUGUGACAUCUCAAGAAACAAGUAUUCCUCAACAAUUGCCUUCAAAAAAUCAUAAAAUUCAGUUUCUAUAUACAAAUAAUGAUGAAAAAUCUCAAGAGGAUAAUACCCUUCAAAGAAAUCUUUCUGAGAAUGAUAAAAUACAGAAUGCACAUAAAGAUGUUGAUGCCAACAGUGUAAAAACGCGGACUAAUUCAAAUGAUGUAAUACCUGAAUGCAAUGAAACUUUCAACAAAGUUUGCAACAUGGCAUUAGAACCGUGUCAAAGAAUAGUAAUAUUCCAAGAUUCUCCAAAAGAUCUUGAAGUAUUAGAUUCACAAACAAAUGUGAAAACUUCAAAUGUAAUCCAAGAUGAAGUUUCACAUGAUACAUCUAAGAGUUAUGACCCUGGUGAAAUUGAUCUGUCCCCAAAUUCCAGUGAUCAAUCAAAUGCUGAAAAUGGAACAAUAUGUACAAUAAACUUCUCUGAUUACAAGCCAUCUGAGAAAAAGUUAUCUCAAGAAACAAAUAUCCUUCAAAAAAAACUUUUGAAAAAUGAUAACAUUGUUUCUUCUAAUGUAACAUUAGAAUCUUGUCAAAGAAACUUAAUAUUCCAAGAUGGACUAAAGGGCCUUGAAGUAUCAGAUUCAACAAAUAUAACAACUCUAAAUUAUUUAACCCAAAAUGGAAAGUCAAAUGAUAUUACUAAGAGUCAUGACCAGCAGUGUGUAGAUUACAUUGAAACAUUUGCUCUUCAAAAUGAAAUUGAAUUCUCUGAGAAACAAACAAACUCUUCAGAUAAUGAUGAUAUCCUAAUUGACUCAAAUGAUAUUUUACAAUGCACCAUCUGUAACAGGACUUUUAUUAAAAAUUGUCAUUUAGCACGUCACAUGAAUUCACAUUUACGAAAGAAUAAAAUGUUACAAAACAGUUUAAAUGGUAGCAAAAUUUAUGAAAUUGACAACGCGACAUCCAGUAGUCUUCCGGAGAAUAGAUUGGUGUCUUUAAUGAAAACAUCAAGCGAAAUCGAGACUUCAACUUCAUUUAGCGAUUCAACAUUCAAAUGCAAUGAAACUUUCAACAAAGUUUGCAACGUGGCAUUAGAAUCAUGUCAAAAAAUAGUAAUAUUCCAAGAUUCUCCAAAGGAUCUUGAAGUAUUAGAAUUACAAACAAAUAUAAAAACUUCAAAUGUGAUCCAAGAUGAGGUUUCACAUGAUACAUCUAAGAGUUAUGACCCUGGUGAAAUUGAUCUGUCUCCAAAUUCCAGUGAUCGAUCAAAUGCUGAAAAUAGAACAAUAUGUACAAUAAUUGUCUCUGAUAACAAGUCAUCUGAGAAAAAAUUAUCUCAAGAAACAAAUAGUCUUCAAGAAAAACUUUUGAAAAAUGAUAAAAUUGUUUCUCCUAAUGUAACAGAAUCUUGUCGAAGAAACAUAAUUUUCCAAGAUGAACUAAAAGAUCUUGAAGUAUCAGAUUCAACAAAUAUAACAACUCUAAAUUAUUUAGGCCAAAAUGAAAAGUCAAGUGAUAUUACUAAGAGUCAUGACCAGCAUUGUGCAGAUUACGUUGAAACGGUUACUUUUCAAAAUGAAAUUGGAAUCUCUGAGAAACAACUAUCGAAAAAUUUUACCUUUUUAUCUUUAGAUAUUGCUCCAAACUGUAAAGAUAAUGAUGAUAUCCCAAUUGACUCAAAUGAUAUUUUACAAUGCACCAUAUGUAACAGGACUUUUAAUAAAAAUUGUCAUUUAGCACGUCAUGUGAAUUCACAUUUACGAAAGAGUGAAACAUUACAAAAUAGUUUAAAUGAUAGCAAAAUUGAUGAAAUUGAUGACGCAACAUCCAGUAGUAUAUCGGAAGAUAGAUUGGUGUCUUUAAAGAAAACAUCAAGCGAAAUUGAGACUUCAAUUCCAUAUAGCGAUUUAACAUUCAAAUCAACAAAUAUCCCAAUUUCCAACAAAGAAAAAGAGCUUUCGGCGUACGAUAAUCAAGAUGAUGACAUCAGCAAAGUUAAAUUACCUUCUUCGGAUAUCGCGGAGGAUUGUAUUAUACAGUCUAGCUCGAUGGUGCAUUAUGACAUUUUACAAACUGGCAAAGCAAUAUAUAAUAAAUAUACAAAAGAUUAUGAACUUGAUUCAAUAAUUGUCUCCACAGAGUUAAGUUUGGUAUCUACUAAUAAAAGUCUUGAAAAUAAUCUAAACAAGUCAAUUAUAAAUUUAAGAAAAUCUAAGAAUAAUGACAUAUUUGUUGACAACCUUUUCAAUGCUUCGAUUUCGAACGACCCUGAAAAUUCAAGUUUUACAAAUGAGCAUGCUUUUGCAAAUCAUAAAUUAGGAUUAGUAUCACCAGUUAUUCAUAAAUGCAAAGUAUGCAGAAGAACGUUUCCUAAAUUGUGUCAUUUAAUGCGUCAUACAAAUGCACAAACAUGCAGGAAAAAAUAUUUUGAAGAUGAUUUUGACAAUGAUGUGACAACAAAAGACAUACAACAAGUAAUUGAAGAUUUAGAUGAUCAUCUAUCAAAUGCGAAUAAAAAGGUUAUUACAACCAAAUCAUCUGAUUUAAAUAGAUCUGCUGGCUCCAGUACUCAGUGUGAUACAUGUAAUAGAAGUUUUUCUAAAUCUUGCCAUUUGAUUCGGCAUCGGAAUUCACAGACAUGCAAAAGAAAAUUAAAUUUUGCGGCAGAUUCAGGGGACUGUGAAGAAGAUAUAGUUGCAGAAAAAUAUAAUGCAGAUAAUCUCCAAGAGGCAACGAUUUUGAAUGAAAAUCAAGUAAACUGUCGAAAAAUUUCAAAUAACACAGAUAGAAACAUUAUUCAAUGUAAAUUGUGCAGGAGAAUUUUUAGCAAAAUUUGUCACCUCGGACGUCAUGUCAGAUCAUAUUCGUGUAAGCUCAUAACAAGUCAAUUUACUGACUUCAAGAAUGAAUCAGUUGAUGCUACAAAAAGGACGCCUUCAUUAUCGGAAUGUGAAGUUAUAAAAAAAGUAUCUAGGAAAAAAAAUUAUGAUCCCACAAAUAGCUAUUUGAAUGACGUAGAAGCAAAAUCAAGUCAAUUCGAUACAGAAACUUUUGAAUGUGGUAUAUGCUUCAGAACUUUUACCAAAAGUUGUUAUUUAGCCAAGCAUUUAAAUGCUCACCAUCGUAAAUUAAUCUCAAAUAGUGUAAAGGAUAAGCCAAAACAAAAAAUGUACAAAUGUGAAAAAUCCAAUCUUCAACAACCAAGUUAA